UCUGACUCCCAAACACUUCCAAUUCAAAGCUUUUCCCACCACAACAACAACAAAGCCUUCAACAGCAGAGCUUCUCCACAGCAUGCAAAACUCCUUCAACCGAUCCAAACUCGACACCGCCGGAGAUCCACAACAGUUGACCCAAAACCCACUUCCUCCUCCGCCGCCUCGCCGCCUCACCCAAGAGCAAGAACUCGCCGUAAUCGUCUCCGCUCUUCGAAACGUCGUCGCCGGCACCACCACCACCAUGGACUUCAACUCUCUCUUCCCUUCCUACCAUUACCCCGCCGCCGCUUCCUCCUCCUCCUCUCCCGCCCUAUUCGAAGCGUCUGAUGCCGACACGUGUCCGGUUUGUAAAAUUCAAGGCUGCCUUGGAUGCAAUUUUUUCCCGCCAGCACAGGAGGAGAACAGCAACAACAAGAAGAAGGCACCCAAGAAGAGGCUGAAGAAGAACUACAGGGGAGUGAGGCAGCGGCCUUGGGGCAAAUGGGCCGCUGAAAUCCGAGACCCGAGGAGGGCCACUCGGGUCUGGCUGGGCACGUUCCACACUGCCGAGGAGGCGGCCCGUGCCUACGACAAGGCCGCGAUUGAGUUUCGCGGUCCGAGAGCGAAACUCAAUUUCCCGUUUCCGGAUAACUCAUUGUCGAUGAACCAAGAAACUUCGACGCCGCCCACACAGCCCAUUCAAGAACCCCAGAAGCAGCAGAUAGUUGUUACAGAUACUAAGCAAGAGAACAAGAGCGAGGAUUCAAAUGAAAUGGAAUGUGAGUUCUGGGAAAGGAUCGGGGACGACGAGCUCUUUCAACAGUGGAUGAUGACGAUGGACUACGCACCUGAUCAUUCGUCGGAUUCUGGGAAUGGGUCUGCCGGAAAUGCUCAUAGUUAUUGAUUAUACUGAAUUAGAUUCAAUUGUAGGCAGAAAAAAUAAUCAGCUCGUUAAUUAGUUUGUUUUUUUUUAUUAACAUUGAUGUGAAAUUUCUGUUUUUGAGGGGAAAAUCACAUUGUGUUACUAUUUCACCAAAGAUUGCGAUGUAAAUUUGACAAAAUAUAUAUUAAGAGAUUAUCUUAUCAA